AUGAACGCAUCUCGCGAUAGCGACGACAGUAACGGCGAGGAAGAGAUGCUUCAACGCGAGGCACGCGAAGGACAGGAGGUGGGAGAUACUGCGACGACAGGAGCAGACGCGGCCGCAGCCAAGGACCAGGCCGAGGAGACGCACAGCAAGAUCACCGAAGACACCGAGGCUGGUACCAAGACCAACAAGCCCGUCAAGCGCAAGGCUAAAAAGGUGGUCAAGAAGCCGAAGAAGGGCAAGAAGGCCGAGGAUAGCGAUGGGGAUGCCGUCUCGGGUGUAAUGUCUCUGCUGCUUGAGACUCCGUCUAAGUCUGGCAAGCGAAAGUUGGACUCUGGAGAUGAGCAAACUGAUGGUGAGGAAUUCGGCUCCGCGAAGAAAAAGUCAAAGAAAGCCGUGGCCACGCCCAAGAAACACAACACGAGAGGUGUUGCGCGCAAGGUCAAAAGCACGCCAAAGAAGGCUUCUUACGAUCCGGCCGACGAUCUUCACUGA